UGUGUCUCAGAUCGCUCUCUCCCUCUCACUCUUCCCUCUAGUGUUUACUCCACGUUGUCUCGGAGCGCAAAGACUGGUACUAUCCACUAGAACAUGAACAGAUAGACAGACCCUCUCUCCUGGAGAGUUUUCUCUGCACAGUUUUUGAUUUGCACAGACCUGGAUCUUUAUUUUAAAACCUGCCCCGGAGAAGCAACACAUAAUUGCAGCAGAGGAGGAAAAAGUUUGACUUUUUUUCCCCCCCUUGAAUUAUUCUCCUGCUUCGGAAGGUGGGGACAGAGACCAGAGGUGACAGGGGGCGCUGGAUACACCUUGAUGACUGUUCGCUGUUUCAUCUCCAGCCUUAGCUCCAUUGAUCGGAGCUAGUUAAUUCCGCAGCCCGUUUCAAGUUGGAAGGAAUCUCGUCUGCUGGUGGCUCUGUAUUUUUCUGGGGGGAAACUCUGUCCAAUUUCCCCCCUCCGCCCCCCUAUCCUCCCCACCUUCUCUCCGACCCCGCUCCACUGCGAAGCAUGGGGGCAGCUCAGUGUGGAAUAAACGCGCAGAAGUUAUUUCGACUCUUGCUGUUACCUGCGCUGGCUGCGGUGGCGGAGCUGCGGACAUCUCAAGAUGAUGACUUCUUUGGAGAACUUCCCGAAUUCUUCCCAUCUGACCCUCCGGAGCCUCUGCCACGUUUCCUGAUCGAGCCCCGGGAUGCGUACAUAGUGAAGAACAAGCCGGUCAACUUGUACUGCAAAGCAAGCCCCGCCACUCAGAUAUACUUCAAGUGUAACAGUGAGUGGGUGCAUCAGAAGGAACACACCACGGAAGAGUAUGUGGACGACACUACAGACCUCAUCGUGAGGGAAGUGAGCAUUGAGAUCUCCAGGCAGCAAGUGGAAGAACUCUUUGGACCGGAAGACUACUGGUGCCAGUGCGUUGCGUGGAGUUCUUCUGGGACCACCAAGAGUCACAAGUCCUACGUCCGAAUUGCAUAUCUACGGAAGACGUUUGAACAGGAACCAUUAGGCAAGGAGGUAUCCGUGGAACAAGAGGUGCUUCUUCAGUGCCGCCCUCCUGAAGGUAUCCCGUUGGCUGAGGUGGAGUGGCUGAGGAACGAGGAAGUCAUUGACCCCGAGGAAGAUCAGAACUUCUACCUGACCAUCGACUACAACCUGAUCAUCAAGCAAGCCCGACUCUCCGACACAGCCAACUAUACGUGUGUGGCCAAAAACAUUGUGGCUCGGCGUAGGAGCACAACAGCCACUGUCAUUGUCUACGUGAACGGAGGCUGGUCCUCGUGGAUGGAGUGGACCUCCUGUAACAGUCGCUGUGGCCGGGGCUACCAGAAACGCACGCGCACCUGCACCAAUCCCACGCCCAUCAACGGAGGUGCCUUCUGCGACGGCCAGAGUGUCCAGAAAGUUGCCUGCACCACCAUGUGUCCCGUGGAUGGUGGGUGGACGGAGUGGAGCAGGUGGUCAACAUGUGGGACGGAUUGCAUGCACUGGCGCUGGAGGGAGUGCACGGCCCCUGCCCCUAAAACCGGUGGGAAGGACUGCCACGGACCCGUGCUAGACUCCAAAAACUGCACCGAUGGCUUAUGCAUGCAAAGUUUGUUUUAUCAAAUUUCCAAAGAACAGAAAGGUCGCACAGAUUUUGGAUAUUCCUCGGCGCCAAGCUCCGAUGACAUUGCCCUGUACGUAGCGGUGGCGGUGGCCGUGAUUGUGUGCCUGGCCAUCUUGUUGGUCGUCAUCAUGUUCGUGUACCGCAAGAACCACCACGACUUCAGCUCGGACAUCAGGGACUCCGCGGCCCUCAACGGCGCCUUCCAGCCAGUGAGCGUGAAGACAUCGAGACCAGAUAAUCACCUGCUGGCCGUGCAGCCUGAUCUGACGUCAGCCGCCGCCAGGUAUAGAGGCCCCAUGUAUGCGCUGCGCGAUAUCUCUGACAAGAUCCCCAUGACCAACUCUCCGCUCCUCGACCCGCUGCCCAGCCUCAAGAUCAAUGUAUUGAACCCGUCAUGCAGCAUCACACCUCAGGGCGGGUCGACGGACCUGGCGUCAAAGCUCUCCCCACAACUCACCGAGUCGCUCCUCGACAACGAAGCCCACAACCUCAAGAACCAAAGCCCAACGCCACAACUGGAGCCAUCGUGCAGUGCCCUUGGCAGCUUCAACAUCCUGGGAGGACAUCUCUCCAUCCUCAACUCAGGUGUAAGCUUGUUGGUGCCAGCGGGGGCAAUACCCCCGGGAAGAGCCUAUGAAGUGUACGUGACUGUCCAUCGAAGAGAUCACAUGAGGCUGCCACUAGAGGGGAGCCAGACGCUGCUGAGUCCGGUGGUCAGCUGUGGACCUCCCGGUGCCUUGCUGACCAGACCCAUGGUACUGACCAUCCACCACUGCGCUGAACCCAACAUGGAGGACUGGAUCCUUCAACUCAAGAGCAUGUCCGCUGAAGGAACCUGGGAGGAUGUGGUGGUGCUGGGAGCAGAGUCCAUCACCACCCCGUGUUACGUUCAACUGGAUCCUCACGCCUGCCACGUGGUGACGGAGCAUCUGGGGACCUACUGUCUGGUGGGACAAUCGGUCAAUAAGUCAGCAAGCAGGCGCCUGAAGCUGGCCAUAUUCGCACCAGCCGUCUGUGCCUCAUUGGAAUACACCAUCAGAGUCUACUGCCUCCACGACACACAGGAUGGCCUGAAGGAAGUAAUUCAGCUGGAGAGGCAGAUGGGAGGACAACUUGUGGAUGAACCAAAGACCCUUCUAUUUAAGGACAGCACCUACAACCUGCGUUUGUCCGUCCAUGACAUCCCACACUCUCUCUGGAGAAGCAAACUACUCACUAAGUACCAGGAGAUUCCCUUCCACCAGAUCUGGAGUGGGUGUCAGCGGAACCUGCACUGCACCUUCACGCUGGAGCGAUUCAGCCUCGUCACGACCGAGCUGGUGUGUAAAUUCUGCGUGAGGCAGGUGGAGGGAGAAGGACAGAUCUUUCAGAUCCAGAGCACCUUGUCCGAGGAGCUGCGGCCAUUGGAUGUGGAGCCAGAGGCCUCUGCCACCUCCCUGAUGGGACCCACCGCCUUCAGGAUCCCCCUCGCCAUCCGGCAGAAGAUCUGCAGCAGCCUGGAUGCUCCCAACAACAGAGGGAACGACUGGCGCCUACUGGCCCACAAGCUAAGCCUGGACGGGUACCUGAAUUACUUUGCCACCAAAUCCAGCCCGACCGGUGUCAUCCUGGACCUGUGGGAAGCUCAGAACUUUCCGGAAGGCAACCUGGGCUCUUUGGCCGCGGCCCUGGAGGAGAUGGGACGGCACGAGACGGUGGUGUCUCUGGCGAGGGAGAUGAAGUGCUGAGAGAGAGAGAGAGAUGGAGAGGGAGAGAGAGAGAGAGAGAGA